GCUCUCAGUCCGGGGCGUUUCUCCCGCACCCAGCUCUGCUCAGCGCUCCGGACGCCUGCAGUCGCUAUGGUAACGGCCAACUACUUCCGGAAGAAGAACGGCGGGCGGCGAGGGUCAUUCCCAGCCCCAACCUGAGUGGGCUGAGCAGGGAAGCGCAAAGGGGCAAGCUACCCGUCCUGGCGUUUCUGGGGUUCGCCUCGGAGGCUAGCCUUGGUGCUCUCGCAGGCUCGCUCGCUUCUGCAUCCCCGUUGCCGCCUGGAGCCAACUCUUAAGUCCUGGACGACAGGUCUGAGACAGUUCCGCCAUGGACUUCUCCAAGUUCCUGGCAGACGACUUCGACGUGAAGGAGUGGAUCAAUGCGGCCUUCAGGGCCGGCUCCAAGGAGGCGGCGUCUGGGAAGGCGGAUGGCCACGCAGCCACCCUGGUGAUGAAGCUGCAGCUGUUCAUCCAAGAGGUGAACCACGCCGUGGAGGAAACAAGUCACGAAACUCUCCAGAACAUGUCCAAAGUGCUCCGUGAUGUUGAAGCCCUAAAACAGGAGGCAUCUUUCCUGAAAGAACAGAUGAUUCUUGUCAAGGAGGACAUUAAAAAAUUUGAACAGGAUACAUCUCAAUCCAUGCAGGUGUUGGUAGAAAUUGACCAAGUGAAGUCCAGAAUGCAACUUGCUGCUGAAUCUCUUCAGGAAGCAGAUAAGUGGAGCACGUUGAGCGCUGAUACUGAGGAGACGUUUAAGACUCAGGACAUAGCUGUGAUUUCUGCGAAGCUAACAGGUAUGCAGAACAGCUUAAUGAUGCUUGUUGAUACACCAGACUACUCAGAAAAGUGUGUGCACUUGGAGGCACUGAAGAACAGGCUGGAGGCCCUAGCCAGUCUGCAGAUUGUAGUGGCGUUCACCUCUCAGGCUGUAGAUCGGUCCAAAGUAUUUGUGAAGGUGUUUACUGAAAAUGACCGGAUGCCCCAGCUCCUGGCCUACUACUACAAGUGUCACAAGGUGCAGCUUUUAGCAGCCUGGCAAGAGCUGUGUCAAAGUGACCUAACCCUGGACCGGCAGCUUACUGGACUCUAUGACGCCUUGCUUGGUGCUUGGCACACACAAAUCUAGUGGGCUACACAGGUUUUCCAGAAGCCCCACGAGGUGGUAAUGGUGCUGCUGAUUCAGACCCUGGGGGCCCUCAUGCCCUCGCUGCCCUCCUGCCUCAGCAACGGCGUGGAGAGGGCAGGGCCCGAGCAGGAGCUCACCAGGCUGCUGGAGUUCUACGAUGCCACCGCCCACUUCGCCAAGGGCUUGGAGAUGGCACUGCUCCCCCACCUACAUGAACACAAUCGGGUAAAAGUCACGGAGCUGGUGGAUGCUGUGUAUGAUCCAUACAAACCCUACCAGCUGAAGUAUGGCAACAUGGAAGAGAGCAACCUCCUCAUCCAGGUAAGCGCCGUGCCUUUGGUAAAGUCGCAGUGCGUCCUGGGGCCACUGAGGAAGCAUUCUGUUAGCCAGGCUGUUGGCCACAUCUGGGAGAGGGCUGGGGGUUGUGAUCUGGGGUGCUGAAAUAUGGCCUUUAAGCACUUGUGGGCUCUUGUAAUCCCAGUGUAAAAUGAGACCGUGUAUUUGCUACCAAUUUUCUAUUGAUUGAUGGAUUGAGACAGGGUCUCCAUCUGCUGCCCAGGCUGGAGUGUAGUGGUGCGAUUACAGCUCACUGCAGCCUUGAUCUCCUGGGCUCAAGUGAUCCUCCUGCCUCAGC